AUGGAAUACAAACAUUUUAAGAAUAAUAAAAUAUUAAAUGAAAACGUAAAUGAGAAGACAGAGAAGAAUAGACAAAGAAACACAUUGAGUCAUAUAAAUUUUAUUCAAAUUGAUGAUGAGGAUGAUGAUAAUAACAAUGAAGAACCUAAAGAUAUAAAUAUAAAUAAAAGUAAUUAUAAUAAUAACAAUAUCUUUAUGAAAACUUGUAAUGAGAAUAGAAGAAAUACAACAUUUUAUAGACAUAAUGUAAUAAAUGAAGAACAAAAAAAUUUUGAAUAUUUAUUAUCCAGAAAAAAAAAAAAUAUAGAUUCUAUAGAUAAUGUAAAUUUUUCUGAUUUUAUGAAAAAUGAUUUUUUUAAUAUGUUUAAUAAUAAUAAUAUAAUAAGUGAAAAUAAAAAAACAAACAAAACUAUUAAUCAAAUAAAUAAUAAUAUUGAUACUUCAAAGAAUGUAAAUUAUAAUAUAAAUUAUGAUGAAGAUAAAGGAGAAGUAAUUAAUUUAUCAUUUGAUAAAAAAAGUAAAAAAAAAAAAACAUAUCCAGAGGUGGAUAUUCAUAUGUAUAAUAAAAAAAAAAUGAAUCCAUCUUAUCAUAAUAUUAAUGAACAGAAUACGUAUCAAACAAGUGAUGAUAAUACUUAUCAUAAUGUAUAUUCUGAUAAUUGUCUCAUAAAUUCUAAUUAUACAAAUUUAUUAAAAAAUGAAUCCUUGAAAUAUAAAAAAGGUUAUAAACAAAAUAGACAAGAUGAGAGCACAGGAGGAGAAUUUGAUUAUAACCUUGAACCAUCUUUGUAUGAUGAUUGUGAUAAACUAUAUAAGACGUCUUUUCUAAAAAAUAAUAAAAAUAUAAUUAAUAAAAGAAACGAAGAACAUAAACAAGAUAUAUAUAAUAAUAUAUCAGAUAUUUGUAAGAGUUAUAUUAAAAAUUUUGAUUAUCUGAAUAAAAGGAUUUUUCAUAAUAAAUCUAAAAUAUGGAAAUUAUCAAAUAAAAAGGUAACUAUACAUGGAGAUUCAAAAAAAAGAAUAGAACAAAACAAUCAAGAAAUAGAAGAACAACAAAGACAACAAGAUGGUGAAAAGGAAGAAGAUAAUUAUAACGAUUAUUAUUAUGAUGAUGAUGAUGAUGAUAAUUAUCAUAUAUAUGAUAAUUAUGAUGACUAUCUUGAAAAUGAUGAUUAUGAUAAUCAUAAUUAUUUUUAUCACAAAAAUCAUGAUAUAAAUAAGAUAGAAAAAGUUCAAAAUAAAAAUUCUUGUAGUGAUUUGAUAAAUUCUACAUGUAUUAAUAAUACAAAUAUGGAAUGUCAUAAUAAAAAGGAUGAUAAUUUAAAAAAUAUGGAUUCCUUUUUAUUAUAUAUGAAAGAAAAGAAGAUAAAAAAAAAAAAAAAUAUAAAUGAUAAUAUGGAGAAUGAAUUAAGUGAUACAUUAUUAUCUCAUUCAAAAAAACACUACAAAGAUGUAUAUGAUACACAUUGUGAUGAUAUCAAUUUUUCUUUUGAUGAAGAUUAUAAUAUGUUACCAAAAAAAGAUAUAUACAGUGAUAAUAGUAGAAAAAAUUUAGAUAAGUAUCCAAAUAAUAGUUCACAUAAUUAUAUUAAUAAUAUUUCAUCUGAAAUUAUAAAAUAUUGUAAAGACAAUAAUAUUACAUUAAAGAGUGAUAUAAAAAAUGUUAUAAAUCAUUUCAACAAAAAAUAUGCAAAUGAUAUUAUUGCCAAUAAUAAUAUUAAUAACAUAUUUGAAAGUAUGAAUCUUCAAAGGAAUAAUGUAGAUCAUGUAUAUGAUUGUUCUAUAAAUAAUACAACAAAAAAUAGUAACAAUGUUAGUAAUAAUAAUAAUAAUAUAAUACAUAUUACAAAUGACAAUGAGAAUAUACAAAAUAAUAAAAAUAAACAAUAUGUAAACAGUAUUGUAAAUAUAUUUUCAAAAAGAAAAAAUGCUAAUGAAAAAAAAGAAAACGUAAAUGAAAAAAAUUAUAUUUCCUUCAAUUCAAAUUAUAAGGAAAAUAUAAAUUUAAGAAAUAAUAAAAUUUAUGAACUAAACAAUAAUGAUUUCUCUACAAAUGAUUAUGUUAAUGAUAUAAAUUUAAAUAAGCAAAUUAAUAAUAAUUUAAACAAAAAUGAUAAUAUGUUGAUAUAUAAUAGAAAAUGUAAUCUGGAUUUAACAAAUGAAUCAAUUAAUAUGGAAUAUAAUUUAAAAAAAAAUAAUUCCAUUUCUGAUUUGGAAUGUAAACGAAAUAAUAAUGAUAAUUAUAAAAAUAAAGAUAUAUGUGAUGAUAUAUCAGAAAUUUAUAUGAAUGGAUAUUAUGAUGAUAUCAUAAAAUGUUAUAUGGAUUACACCUUAGAAGGUAUGAAUGACGAAACACAUUUUUAUUUAUGUGAAUUUUGUAAACAAAAUAUUUUUGAUAUGAAUAAUAUGAUAAAAAAUGAUAAAGCAAAGGAAUGUAUGUAUAGUUGUAAUAUAUCAUGUGGUAGAACAUUUCAUAAAACAUGUGUAUCUUAUAUAAACAAAAAUGAUAAUUAUAUAUGUUUUUUUUGUAUAUAUGAUAUUAAUUUUUGUACCUUAUGCAAAGAAGUUGUAACAAAUGAUUCUUUGUUACCAUGUUACUAUCCAUUGUGUAGUGUUUCUAUGCACAUUAAAUGUGUUGAGAAAUUAAUAUUAUUUAAUUCAGAGUGUUUAAAACAAUAUGUAAGCAUAAAAGUAUCACGAGAUAUAAAUAUUGAACAAGACAAAACACAAAAAUCGGAUUCAUGUGGUCUCAUAGAGCAACCACUUAAUAUUAAAAAAAAAAUUAAAAGACGACAUAGUUACAGAAAAAGGAGAAGAAGAGGUACAAGAAAAAGUCAAAUAACAACAUCGAAUAAAAAAAUUAAUAAAAAGGAGUUAACUAGUGGUGAUAUUAUAAAUACUGAUAUUAUGGAACAGAAAAAUGAUAAGGAUGGUAAUAAAGAUAAUAUUAGCCAUAAUAAUGAUAAUGAUGAUAAUAAAGAUAAUAUUAGCCAUAAUAAUGAUAAUGAUGAUAAUAAAGAUAAUAUUAGCCAUAAUAAUGAUAAUGAUGAUAAAAAUUUUAAAAAUUAUUUAUUAAAAGAGGAUCUGCUUACAAAUGAACUUGACCAUAAUCAUCAAAUAUUAGAAAGUAAUAAAGAAAUCAAAGUCGAAAAUAAUGUUAACAUGUUAGAAGAUCCUAUUUAUAAUAAGUUAUUUGAUAAAAAAGAAGAAACCGUAAAUAAUGAAGAUGAUGAAAAUAUUAUGGUACUUAAAAAAUUUAUAUGUCCUUUACAUAUAUGUUAUGUGUGUAAAGAAUUUCACAUAAAUAAUAUAGAAAGCUCGAAAAAAGAACUAAACAAUAACUUAUUUAGAUGUAUUAAAUGCUUUAAAUCUGUUCAUCGUAAGUGUAUGAAUCAAAUUAAUAAUAAUAAUAAUGAUAAUAUUAAUGGUAAUAAUAAUAUUUAUAUAAUAUCUCAUAAAUAUAAAAUUAUGUGUUGCUCAAAUCAUAUGGAUGAUUAUAAAAAAGAACACAUGGAAUAUUUAACAUACAUUAAACAGGUUAACCAUAUAUGUGAAUUAGUUGAACCACUUCAUAAUAAUAAUAAUAAUAAUAAUAAUAAUAAUAAUAGUAAUAAAUUAUUGAGUAAUAAAGGUUUUUAUGAUAAUGAAAAUAAUAUAUUCAUAUCCAAAUUUCAUGAUAAUAGUUCAAAUGAAUUAUUUAAAAACCAACAAAAUUAUAUAAAGGCAAAAGGAUUUAAUUGUUUAAGUUAUGAUCAUAAUGAUAUGAACAAUGUGAACAAUAUGAACAAUACAAAUAAAAUGAAUAUUUUAAAUUUAAAAAGUUGUAUGGUUAAUGAUAUUAAUACAACUGAAGGAAAGAAAAAGAAAAGUUGUGAAAGCAGAGGAAAUAAUAGUAUUAAUAAAAAAGUCGUAUUUGAUUUAACGGAUGAAUUAAAUGAAAAAUUAACAACAUUUGAUAAUAUACAAAAUAAAAUAAUAUAUGUAGAUAAUAAAAUUGAGAGGAAUGAUAAUAUAUGUCAGAAGGAAGAUGGGAGUUUCAAUUUGGGUUGUAUGAAUAUAUCAAGUGUUGAUAAAAAUAAUAUGAGACCAAAUAAUCACAAUAAUAAUAAUAAUGAUUAUGAUGGUGAAAAUAUAAUAUCCGUUGAAGAAGAAUAUAAUUUAAAAAACAGAAAUUUGAAUAAAAAUAAUAAUACCCUUACUAUAAAAGAAUGUACAGAUAGUUCUAUAAAUAUUGAUGAGUUUAUUAAUAAGAACCAAAAUGAAAAGAAUAUGUCAUUAGAUUCUAAUGAUGCUUUAAAUUUAAAAAGAAAAAGAAAUGUUUCACAUUCUUAUAAUGAUAUAUUGGAUGAUACAAAUAUAUUAAAAGAUAUUUCAACUAAUAAAUCAUAUUGUGUUAAUGUAUCUAAAAAGAAACGAAAUGUUUCAUUUAAUAAUAAGGAGGAAUUGAUGAGAGCAAAUGAACUAUAUGUAUUAAAUGAUAACAAUAUAGAAAGUAACGAAAAAAAUACAAAAAAUAAACUAAACAAUAAUAAUAAAAGUAAAAAUAUAAAAUAUAAUAAUACUGUUGAUAGAAAAAAUGAUAAGAAUAAACAAAUUAAUGAUACCAUUAAUAAAGAUCUUGAAAACAUAAAUCAUAAUAUAAACAAUCAACAAGUGCUUCAUAAUUUUGUGGAUGACAAUAUGAAAUCCAAGCUACACAUGAUUCAAAUUAAAUUGAGACAUAUUUUGAGCAUAGAAAAAGGCUUAUUGUCAUUAAAAGAAAUUAAUAUUGAUCAAAUGAAUGAUGAAUGUAAAAAGCAUAUAAGUAUAUUGUGUACCUUUAGACAGGAUUUUAUUAAUUAUGUAAUCUUUUUAUUUAGUAAGAGAUCAGAUCAAAAAACGAGUAAUGAACCAAUAAACCACGUUGAUGAUAAAAAGGAAGGAAAUAUAUAUCAUAUACAAAGAAAACAAGAAAACAUAAACAAUAACAACGAAAAUGAAGAAGAUCAAAGUAAAGUGGAUAGUAUAAAUAAUGAAGAUCAAAGUAAAGUGGAUAGUAUAAAUAAUGAAGAUCAAAGUAAAGUGGAUAGUUUAAAUAAUGUAGAUCAAAAUAAACAAGAUAGUUUAAAUAAUGUAGAUCAAAAUAAACAAGAUAGUUUAAAUAAUGUAGAUCAAAAUAAACAAGAUAGUUUAAAUAAUGUAGAUCAAAAUAAACAAGAUGGUUUAAAUAAUGUAGAUCAAAAUAAACAAGAUAGUUCAAAUAAUGGUCAUGAUAUGAACCAAGAAGAAUUACAUGAAACGUGCAAAAAAAAUAUGAUUUAUAAUUUCUUAACAAAUUAUGAUAUGAAAGAAAAAAAAUAUAUCAAUAAAAAGGACGAAGAUGCUAUAAUAAAUGUAUUGUCAAAUGAUGUUGUAAGUAUAAUGCAAAAUGAAUUAAAAAUUUCAUUAUACGAUUUUAUUAUGUUAAAAAAGAAAACUGUCUCUAUAAAUGAAAAUAAGAAUAAUGAAAAUGUAAUUCAAGAUGAAGUUGGAAAAUUUCAUUGUAAUGAUAUAAAUAAAAUGAAAGAUAAUGUAAAUAAUGAUAUUAUUUCAAAUGAUAAAUAUAAUAAUUAUGAUGAUGAUGUUUUAAAUGGAAAAAAAAAAAAACAAUCGAUUCUUGAUGUUUCUCAUACGAAUGUGACAAGUAAUAGAACUAUUAUUAAUAAUAAUAUAUGUAAUAAUAAUAGUAAUAUGCAAAUUAUUGAAAAGGAAAAAUUUAUGAACAGUAAUAAUACAAAUUAUUAUGAUGAGAAAAAAAGAGAAGAAUAUAGUGGUUUAUUUUUUAAAGGAAAAAAAAAAAGUUUUAAAAAUAAUAAAAUGGAUUUGAAAACAUUUUGUUCAUUGACAAAUAAUGGUUAUAAAAUAGAUUUAUCUGUAUUAAAAAAGUAUAGUUCUUUUUUAAAUUUUGUGUAUAUAUCAAAAAAUACAUAUUUGAGUGAUAAAAAUAAAAAUUUACUUGCAUGCAAGUCAGAUGAUUAUAAAUGUUUAUGUCAAGGGGAAUGCAACUUAUAUACGUGUUAUAAUUCUUUGAGUAACAUCCAAUGUUCAAAAAGUAAAUGCAAUUUGCCAGAAAAAAUACAGGAUAGAAAAUGUUUCAAUCGUCCAUUUAGAAAAUCUCUCGUGAAAAACUUAGAGAUAAAAAAAACUGAAAAAACUGGAUAUGGUGUGUUUUGCAAGAGGGACAUAAAAAAUGGAGAACUCAUAUGUGAAUACGUUGGAGAAGUGUUAGGAAAAGAAGAGUUUGAAAAAAGGCUAAAAGUAUAUGAAGAAGAAAGUAAGAAGACAGAUAUGUAUAAUUGGUAUACAAUACAAAUAAAUAAAGAUGUAUAUAUUGAUAGUGCAAAGAAGGGAAGUAUCUCAAGAUUUAUUAAUCAUUCUUGUUCACCUAACAGUGUAUCACAAAAGUGGAUAGUUCGAGGAUUUUAUAGAAUUGGAAUAUUUGCAUUGAGAGAUAUUCCAUCUGGAGAAGAAAUAACUUAUAAUUAUAGUUAUAAUUUCUUAUUUAAUAACUUUGAAUGUUUAUGUAAGUCAGCCAAUUGUAUGAACUACCAUAUGUUGAGAAAAGGAGAAAAUUCAGAAGCUAGCCAUAUAAUAAAAGAAAACGAAUUAUUAAAUAACAAGAUAUUUAAUCCAGUAGAAAAUUUCCAUAAUUUACAUGGGAAAAUGCAAGAUUGGAAUAUAUUUAUAGAAGAAGCACAUACAAGAUUAUUAUAUGAGUAUAAUAAAAUGAAUGCAUUUAAUUUAAGGUUGAUGGAAUGUUAUUCAACUUGGAUAUUUUAUGAUAUGAAUUUUAAGAAGAAUCAAUUUUUUGCUCUUAAAUCUAAGCCAUUUAAUGUUUCAGCUGAAUUUUGGAAAAUUCUUGUUUCAGCUUUUUCGGAUGGAGAAAAAAAUAUUAUAAAUACUUUUAAUUUGUUUUUACCUUCAUUAAUAAAAAUUGGUCAGUUGAGAAGAAUACAACAGUAUAGCUACAUUCUGCAUAAUAUAAUUGGCUUGGAGCAUGAUAUGUGGAAUUUAAUUGACAAAGGGUUUGCAGAUGAUGAGGUAUGCAGAAAAUGUAAAAGCUGCGGAAACUUGACCAUGUGUGAUAAAUGUUUUCAAAGUUAUCAUCAGUUAUGUGGUAAUAUGCAUUCAAAGGUUUAUAAGAAUAAUGAAUUAGUUCUUUGCCGCUUUUGUCAGAAGUAUGAUUAUAAAAUGCAAUGGAUAAAAGAAAACCAUGGAUCAAAAAUGAAGACAUGCAUAGAAAUUAGGAGUAAGGCAUUCUAUAAAUUGAAUCGAGAUAUAAUGACAUUAUUAGAAGAGUCAGUAAAAUAUACAAAAAAUCAAUCCUUAGAUUCAAUACAUGCGCAUAACAUAAAAGCAUUUAAGAGCAAAAAAUUAAAAUUGAGGAAGUUCCAGUAUAAGUAUGUAAAAAUAUGA